AGAAGAAGAAGAAGGAGAAGGAAAAGAAGGAGACAACGCCUCUGGAUCGAAAAGGGAAUAAUGUCGCGUCAGUCUCCGUGUGUUUGAAGAGUAUUUACUGGACUCAUUUAUUUACCCCCCCCCCCCACCCCCUGUCCCCUGUCCCCUGCCCCCCCUCGGGCAUUACGGAGUCUCCGAACUUGUCCCCCGGGUCCUCACUAUGGAUCAAUCCGUAGCCAUUCAAGAAACUCUGCAAAGGGAAGAAAACUGCCUCCUAGCGGUCCAAUGUGACGUCUUCUUGGAUGACAUCACAGAGAGCAGACUGCUGGGCCUGGUGCAGUCUACAAAAGAGCACGCAAUCUUUAUUUAUACCCAUCGAAGGAUGGCAAUUACUGCGGACGACGUGUCACUGGAGGACAUCGUGCCCAUCUCCCUGGACUUCGCUGUGGUGGAGGUUUCCUCACCAGAGGAACUUGCGGUCGUUGGUGCUGAUACAAAAGUCCGAGUCAGCUACCAGGAACGGGCAUUGGAGCUCAGGCUUCCUUUCGGUUCCCACUCCCGGUUCUUCCUGAGUGAGGUCAACAGGGCGUGGAGUGAUGUUUGCAGGUCGGUCAACCAAGCCCCCCGGUUUGAAUGGAUCGGCAAGUAUUACAAAGCCACCAUAGGCCAGGGAGUGGUCAAGCAGGUUCUCGCUCCUAUUGGCACGACGCUCACGAAACUCGGCCAGCCCAGGAAAACAGCAGAGAAGUCGUCGGACAAAAAGGGGCCUUCAGAAAAGGAGAAAGGUGCGAGCACUGGAACGCUGACCUCCAGCCAAGAGAGUCAGGUGAAACCCAGUCGCGAGGACCGGGGUGACAUGGUGCGCUCCUCCAGCCACACCACGUCCAACAAGGCUCAGAUCCUCGCCAUGCCGCAGUUCGGCCUGCGAGACAACCUCAUCAGGUGUGAGCUGCUGAAGAGCGAGGAGCUGUACACUUACACCGAGGACUUCAGCUUUUUUCUCGGCACGUACAAUGUGAAUGGACAGACGCCGAAGGAAAGCCUCCGUCCUUGGCUGAGCUGCACUGCGAACCCCCCCGACAUGUACUGCGUGGGUUUUCAGGAGCUCGACCUCAGCAAAGAGGCUUUCUUCUUCAAUGACACGCCCAAAGAGUUGGAGUGGACCAAGGCUGUGGCAGAGGCCCUGCAUCCAGAUGCCAAGUACGCCUUCGUGAAGUUGGUGAGGCUGGUGGGCAUCAUGCUGAUCUUCUACAUUAAGAAGGACCACGCACAGUUCAUAUCUGAGGUGGAGGCCGAGUCUGUGGGCACCGGCAUCAUGGGAAGGAUGGGAAACAAGGGAGCCGUGGCGGUUCGUUUUCGCUUCCACAACUCUGAUAUCUGCGUGGUCAACUCUCACCUGGCGGCCCACAUUGAAGAAUACGAGAGACGCAAUCAGGACUACAAGGACAUAUGCAGCCGCCUCCAGUUUCGCCAGCUUGACCCGACCCAGCCUCCACUUACUAUCAUGAAGCAUGAUGUGAUCGUAUGGAUUGGAGACCUCAACUACCGGAUCACUGAACUCGACGUCUCAACCGUGAAGGAGCUAAUAAGCAAAAAGGACUUUGAAACACUGCAUGCUUAUGAUCAGCUCAAGAGGCAGAUUGAUGAGGAGGCUGUGUUUGUUGGCUUUGUGGAGGGGCCGAUCGAUUUCCAGCCCACCUAUAAAUAUGACACCGGCACUGACAAGUGGGAUACAAGUGAGAAGUGCCGCGUGCCGGCGUGGUGCGACCGGAUCCUCUGGAGAGGGAAGAACAUCGUGCAGCAUCAAUAUCAGAGUCACAUGACCCUGAAGACCAGCGACCACAAACCAGUCAGUUCCCUGCUCGUCAUCGGGAUAAAGAAAGUAAAUGCUGAGGCCUAUAAGAAAACCUUUGAGGAGAUUGUACGCAAAAUAGACAAAUUGGAGAAUGAGUGUAUUCCAUCUGUUACUUUGUCCAAGCGAGAGUUCCACUUUGAGGACGUGAAGUACAUGCAGCACCAGUCCGCCACACUGAGCCUCUCCAAUGACGGGCAGGUCCCUUGUCAGUUUGAGUUCAUCCAGAAGCCGAAUGAGCCCACGUACUGCAAGCCGUGGCUCACAGCCAACCCUCCCAAAGGCUUCAUCGCUCAGGAUGGUUCCGUGGACAUUGAGCUCGAGGUUUUUGUGAACCGCUCAACGGCGCCCGGACUGAACUGUGGAAGGGAGCCGAUGGAGGACAUCCUGGUGCUCCACCUGGAGCGUGGCAAGGACUACUUCAUCUCUGUGACGGGGAACUACCUGCCCAGCUGCUACGGCUCCUCCAUCCGUUCGCUGUGCCAACUAAGGGAGCCAAUCCAGGACAUGCCCCAGAAGGUCCUCCGUCAGAUGGAGGAGAAUUCCCAAAAGGACGAUGAAACGACCACUGAAAAGCCUCUAGACAUUCCUAAAGAACUCUGGAUGAUGGUGGAUCACUUGUUCCGCAAUGCACUCAAUCAGGAAGACAUUUUUCAGCAACCUGGGCUCCGAAUUGAGUUUGCAGAAAUAAGGGAUUGCCUUGACACUGGCAUUCCAGAUUCUCUCCCGGGCAGUAACCACUCGGCGGCCGAGGCCUUGCUUCUCUUCCUGGACGCCCUCCCGGAGCCGGUGGUCCCGUACUCCUUCUACCAGCAGUGCCUCGAAAGCUGCUCCAGCGCCAGUCAGUGUGAGAAGGUUAUUUCCAUGCUACCUCAGUGCCAUAAAAAUGUGUUCAACUAUUUAGCUGCCUUUCUACGUGAGAUGUUGAAGAAUUCUGCGAGCAAUCGAUUAGAUGUCAACAUCUUGGCCACCAUUUUUGCGUCCUUGCUCCUGAAGUCACCGACGAAGCAGGAUCUUGCAGAAAAGAGAAGAACUCAGGAGUUCUUUCAGCAUUUCCUGACCCAAGGCUCAUCGUAGGAGGACUGAAGCUGAACACUAAAAAACUGUACAGUCCACUAUGUGAAAUAAUUUCUUAUAUUCUUAGAUGGCUCGUUGUAUAGAUUUGCAGUAUGGUUACAGUUCUUAUCUGAUAAUGUUUCACACAGGAAGGUUUGUUCUCUCUGAAUGCACAUUUCUGUGUACAGGCUGUAUUGUAUGUCAUUGAGCAUCUCUAGAGCUGUAACCAUUUUACAUUUAUGUAUAUUUUAUUUAAAAAAAUGUAUUUUAAUGUUUCUGAACUCAACAAAUCUUUAUACAUAAAAUGGUUGGAAACAAUGUGUCUGUCUU